CAGUACAGUGAUUCGAAACUUUUUUUCACAAAAUAGAUCAUUCGAUAAAAAAUAAUUUGUAUUCACCAGAAUAAAAACGUAUCGAUUAAAAUUAUUCAAAAUGAAGUGCAUUUCGUUGUUUAUGGUCGUUUUGAUCAGUGUUCCAAUCUGCUUCACUUCGAAUAUAUUAUAUUUGCAACUUUUGGUAUCACAUAGUCAUCAUUUUUGGAAUAGAGCGAUAAUUCAUGAACUCGCGGAACGUGGGCAUAAUGUGACAAUACUUUCACCCCGCUCUGAAGCAAAACCACCAACGGGUGUGCAUUACAUUCUUCUUGAAGAUCAGUAUGUUAGACGUUUACCAUUUUAUAGAAGCCUAUUAAAUGCAACGGAAUUUAUGAAUCCAUUUUACGAAACACUUUCUAUUCUAUUAGGUUACGAGUUAUUGUGUUCUGGUGCUGUUAAAACUAAAGGUUUCCAAACCUUGCUAAACUAUCCAGAUGAAUUCAAAUUCGAUGUGAUUUUACACGAUUUUUCAGUUGGCUCAUGCUUUCUUCCUUUUGUUCAUAAAUUCAAUUAUCCACCAAUGAUUGCGGUCACUGCUUUCGGACAUCCGUCCUUUUCGUCGCAUUACAUUGCAGAUCAUCAUCACUAUUCUUAUGUGCCACACAUUUCACUACGAUCUAACGAUGAAAUGACAUUUUCACAACGACUCCUAAAUUUUCUUAUCUACAUGGAGGAAUUUAUUAUUUUCAAGUACUUUUUCAAUCCGCGAAUGGAUGAAAUUGCGGCCAAAUUUUUUGGUCCGAAUUUCCCGUCCGUUAGUGAAUUGGAGAAAAGAACAUCAUUAGCUUUCGUAAAUACCAAUGCGGCCAUUGAUUAUCAUAUAUCUCACCCGGAAAAUGUCAUUCCUGUUGGUGGACUCCAAAUAAAAGAUCCCAAACCAUUUCCUCAGGAGUUAACAUCAUUUAUCAAUUCAUCAACGAAAGGAACGGUCAUUUUCUCUUUGGGAUCAAACUUUCGAAGUGAUUAUAUACCGCAAAUCAAAAAAAAUCUAAUUUUAAAAGUUUUAAGUGAUCUUUCGGACUACAAUUUUCUCUGGAAAUUCGAGAGUAAUAUUUCUGAAUCCGAUUUACCGAAAAACGUCAUGAUUCGCUCUUGGAUUCCUGUGUCGGACGUUUUGGCUCAUCCAAAAGUCAAAGCGAUUUUCUUUCAUGGAGGUCUUUUAACCACUCACGAAGCUAUCUGGAGAUCUGUGCCCAUGAUAAUAAUGCCAUUUGGACUUGAUCAACCACAAAAUUUGAUGAAGACAAAACGAUUUGGAAUUUCGGAGGGAGCUGACUAUCACUCGUUGAAUUAUGAUGAUUUAAAAACAACAAUUUUGAAAGUGCUUGAGGAUCCAUCAUAUGCAAUGAAUAUGCAAAAAGUAUCAGCACGAUUCAAAGAUCAGAAGGAAAAGCCGCUUGACAGAGCCAUUUGGUGGAUUGAGUGGCUUUUACGAAAUCCAAAUUGCGGCUAUUUAAAGUCACCGCUUUUUGGGCUUGGACUUAUCGCCGGAAAUUCAUACGACAUCAUUGCCUUUAUUACAUUAUUUGUCAUUCUUAACUUGAUCAUUUUGUUAAAACUCUUUUGCUAUUGCGUUAGAAAAUGUUUAAGAAACAUUUAUUCAGAUGAAACUAUGCCACAUGAAAAAUUGGAAUAGAAAAAUGCACUUUUUGAACAAUAUGAUGAUAUUAACCAAUAAUUUGGAAUAAAAUCGACGAUAUUUUGCAAAUAGUAAUUUCUCGAUGCCAUUAUGUUAAUAACACCAAACAAAUUCAAUAUCAUCAAUUGAAAUUGCCUGGGGGUUAUUCGAAAUAAAAUGAAAUCAACAUUUUUUUAA